AUGUCCUCCCUCUACAUCACAGAGCCGCCAGCGCACGGCAAAGUCCUGCUGCAGACGACCAAGGGAGACGUAGAGAUUGAGCUCUUUUCUAAAGAAUGUCCACUCGCUUGCCGCAACUUUAUUCAGCUCUGCUUAGAAGGCUACAUGCAAACAACAAGCUUCCAUAGAAUUGUCCCUGGCUUUUGUAUUCAGGCUGGUGACCCUACAGGCACAGGGACAGGUGGGCAGUCUAUCUGGGAUGCCCCCUUCAAGGAUGAAUUCCACGCUCGCUUAAAGUAUAACAGACGUGGACUGCUGGGAAUGGCCAAUACCGGCAAACCCAACGACAAUGGCUCGCAGUUCUUCAUCACGCUUGCUGCAACGCCAGAGUUGCAAGAGCGGAAUACUCUUUUUGGAAAGGUCGUUGGAAAUACAAUAUAUAAUGUCGAUCGGAUUGGCAAGAGCGAGUUGGAGGAGUCGGAUCGACCACGAUACCCGACACGUAUCACAGGUGCACAAGUCUUGGUCAAUCCAUUUGACGAUAUGGUUCCUAGA